ACAACAUGGCGGCAAGGCGAAGUAUUUCGUGGCUUACAAAGUCUACUUUAAUAUCUCCUAGGCAGUUAUCUGCUACAAGGAGUGUCAGGACAAGUGCAGUAUGUUUGAAGAAAACGCCCCAUACAGUUGGUGUACCAGCAUGGGCCAAAGCAGCACAAAGAAGAAGGAAAAGUUUGGUGAAGCUAGAUAAACCAAAGACAUUAGAACAGAUUGAAUCAGAAAAUAGAUUAYCUACUGAUGGUGUUAUGCUUGACUUUUUUACAAGUACAAGAAAUAAAAGACCGUUUUCCAAGAUACAAGAGAAAACUGAUAAGCAAUCACAUUUUUCAAUGACAAAAGACCAUCAAGCAUUUGUCUGCUAUCAUCCUUCUGUUCACGACCCCAAGUCKCUGUUAUUAUCAAAGGAAGCAUCUGAAACGCCAUGGUGGUACCUUACAGCAGAUGAAGUGAACAAUUAUAAAGACGACCUUGAACCAGAUGAAAUAAAAGAAGCAAAAAAACUUAGAAAGAAUAACCCAAAAAUAUGGUCUGUUAAUGCAUUAAGUAGACUGUUUAAAGUAAAACCUCUCUCCAUUGUACUGAAUGCUCCAUUAACUAAGGAUCAGAAAUAUGAACUUGAAAUUGAAAGAAAGAUAGUCAGUCAAUGGUCAGACUUCAAGAGAAAGGAAUAUCGAGCUCAUCAAGAAGUAGAAAGGCAAAGAUACGUAUUACAAACAAGAGGAGAAGCAAUGCACAAAGCAUUAGGCAUGAAAUCAUAGCAUGUUGUGUUUUUAUGAGUUUCAUUACUCAGACAUAUUUCUGGUGUAAAAUGCUUGCAUUGACAAGUGGUUUUAGUACUUGUUGACCUUGUUUAACUUGUAAGUGACUAUCGAGGAAAUCAGGGCAAAAUCUUGUGCAAAUAAACAGAUGAUACUGCACCACAAGUUAUAAUACAUUAGAUUUAUUAAAUGAUGUCAA